AACACGUUCUGCAGUGUUCUAAAAUCUACAUGCGGAAGAUUCCAAUCGAUGGCGGAAGCAACGAAUCCCGCCUUCUUCUGCAAAUCUUUUACCUUUCGUAAUCGUGGCCGUUAAAUAAUCGGAUCUUUUUUCUCUCACAUAUAAUCAAAUCAGAGCCGUUGGAGGCUUUGGAUAUUUGGGAUUUUGCAUAGUGGGUUCUUUAGAUUUCUUGGUUUGUGAUGGGAAGUGAAAGAAAUCGUCCGAUUUUCGAUAUGGGCUUUCUUGUACGAUUAUAGUGGGGAGGUUGGUUUGUAGAGAUAUCAUUGGUCGUGAUGUUGGGCCUUCAAGAAAUAUCUGAUUUAGAUAUUGGAUUUGUAAAAAUUGUGAUAUGGGUUUUCUAGAGUAUUGGAUUUGGGUUGUUGGUUUUGAGGCUGCAGCGAUUUCGUUGAUUUUGAUGGCUUUGAGAUGGCCUUUUUUCUGAUAUUGGUCUGUCGGGAAGCUUCCAUCAGCGAACGUGGAUUUGGGUUUUGUAGAGAAUCGAAUUUUAGAUGUGGGUUUUGAAUUUUAGGAGAUUCCUUUUGAGUCCUUGGUUAUUCAGUCUGCGAUAUUCGUUCUUUUCAUUUUCCCCCCUUCUUGAGUUGGAUUUGUAAGGAAUUCUUUCGUUAGGAUUUAGAGGAGGUGAAUUCUUAUGGGAUUUGUGGAGAAUUGAGUUUUUGAUACUUGUUUUAGAAUUGUGAUGAUUGUUUCUGGUCUGCGAUUGUAGAUGUUCUUUUGAAUUUUCAUUUCUGUGAAAAUGUCGGGUGGAACGCCUGUUGGAGGUGGAGUUAUGAGGCAUAGGCAUAGCCAGGGAUAUAUGUCUGGUGAAGAUCUUGAGGACGAUGCGUCUUCGGCAAUGCCUUUCACAGUGCCCCCAUUAGUCAGGGCUCGGACAUGGGUUGAGAUCAUCGAGGAUGUUCUUUGGAUUGCUUCAACUGCUUUCAUCAUUUACUUUGGCGACCGGCGCUCCAAUUUCAUAUAUCUAUUGUGGCAAGACGAACGGAUUAGGAGGAAGGCAUUAUACCUUGGUUUAGUUGGCACUCUUGUGAAUGUAGGGAUCAUCUUGUACGUGACUCUUUUGAAAUGGGAUGCCAGGAAAUUUGACGAUAAAUUGGAAGUGUUAACUCCAUUUUCUGCGCCAAUCGUGGCCAUUGUCGGCCUUUUGUCAUUUUGCUUGUUAUCCUUUGCGUUGUGGCCGAUUUGGGGUUUCUUGACACUUCCUCUUCUGUUCACUCUGUUUAUGGCUUCCAUGGCCGUAUCACAUUACUUGUUGAUUGGGUCAUCCAGGUCACAAGCAGUUACUUUUCGGAUCGAUUGAGUUUUCAUGGGGUGUUGAAUUUUCUUUUGGUAAGGGAGUUGUCCGCACUUUGAUGGGUGCUGUAUCUUACAAGGUUUAAAUACUUCCGAUGUCACUGCUGAGUUGAUGAGAAUGGCGAUUACAAUUCAAUGAACAUGGAAGAGUUUGGAUUUUGGUGGUGGACAUGAACUUUACAACCAUUGGAUUUGCUUCUGAAGGCACGCACUUUGUUUCUAUUGAUUUUAUCGUCCAAACUAAAGAAUGCUGCAGUGUGAUGCCAGUCCUAUUUCGGUUGAGUGCAAGAAGGUGAGAUUCAUUGGUGGUUAUACUUGUCUUUGCUUUCAGAGAUUGUUGGGUAGCUGUAAUUUUUUUUGUACAGUGCCAUCUUUUUUCUCAUCUGUUUAAUGGAGUUCUUUUUAUGAUUUGAUAAGUUGCUAUUCUUUCUCCUCAACUGCCACAUUUGGUAAUUUUAUCAGCCUUUUUGGGCUCUUCUGGUA